GACUCCAAUCAAAGCGUAGAAACAUCUCAGCAACGACUGGGAGAAAUGGGAAGCACACUGCGGUCACAUACAAUGUGAAUUAGCUUCUGUGUUAGUGCAGACUGUCACAGCAGAGCUCUGAUCUAUGUUUUGGAAAAACUGGAAAAGCUUAAAAUGACGCAGAUGAGUGACAGUCACUGUGGCAGAGGCUGGUGUGAUGACUGUGACGCCUGGUUUUCAAACAGAGGAGAGGUUACAAGGGUAAGACCAGUCACUCUGUGGCCCGCUGCUGCACAACAGUAUAAUGGAGGAAUCUGAGCCUCUGUUGGCUACGAGGUCAGAGAGGAUAAACGGACACUGCAGAUGGAGCACCCACACCCUGGAGUCAAAGAUGGUGGAGGACUUCAGACGGAAGCUCAAGUACUUCUUCAUGAACCCCUGUGAGAAAUACAGAGCCAGGGGGCGCAAGCCAUGGAAACUUAUGUUACAAAUAUUAAAGAUUGCAAUCAUCACAGUCCAGUUAGUCUCUUUUGGCCUGAGCAAUGAAAUGAUGGUCACUUUUAAAGAAGAAAACCUGAUGACAUUCAGGCACCUGUUUCUAAAAGGAUACAAGGAUCACCGGCUAGGGAGCUAUGCACUUUAUACCAAGGCAGAUGUGUAUGAUCACAUAUACUACAUCAUCAACAGGUACAUUAAUCUCCAAAACCUCACGGUGGGGAACCUUGCAUAUGAGAGGGUUGAUGGCAAAUACACUCCUCUGUCUGUGUGUCAAGAAUAUUACAGAAACAGCAGCAUCGAUCCUGGAAAUGAGACCUUUCACAUCGACCCACAUACUGUUAAAGAUUGCAUGUCCAUUUCCUCCCUGCAGUCAGUUGGCAGUGUGGCCACACACGUGAACUUCUCCUUAGACUUUAAAAGGCUGCUAUCAGUGAGCAUCUACCUCACUCUGAAAACCAUCAAUCUGCAGACUGUGCAGCACCACGAGCUACCAGACUGCUAUGACUUUCAUAUUAUGAUCAAGUUUGAUAACCGGGCCCACAGCGGAAAGAUAAAGGUGGAUAUUGUGAAUGAUUUCAGGAUCUACGAAUGCAGAGACUGGAAUGUGGAAGGGACUUCUUAUAAGAACGAUUACCUCCUCCUCUCGUUUGAUUCUGUGGUCAUCCUCGCCUGCUUCACCUCUCUCAUCCUCUGCAUGCGGUCUGUCAUCAACGGCAUCCAGCUGCAGUUUGAAUUCAACAUAUUCUUCCACGCCUACUACAACAAAAUUGUGAGUUGGUCAGACCGCAUGGAGUUUGUGAAUGGUUGGUACAUCCUCAUAGUUGUGAGCGACACACUGACCAUUGCUGGCUCUGUGCUCAAAAUUGGAAUUCAAACAAAGUAUCUGACAAACUAUGAUGUCUGUAGUAUUCUGCUGGGAACUGCUACAAUGCUUGUCUGGGUUGGUGUGAUUCGGUACCUUGGAUUCUUCAAGAAAUACAAUAUUUUAAUUUUGACCCUCAGGGCCGCAUUCCCAAAUGUGAUUAGAUUCUGCUGUUGUGCAGCCAUGAUCUACCUUGGGUACUGUUUCUGUGGUUGGAUUGUCCUUGGGCCUUACCAUGACAAGUUCCGAACGCUUGACAAGGUGACAGAGUGCCUCUUCUCACUCAUAAACGGCGACGACAUGUACGCCACCUUCCUGAACAUGAGAGAUAAGAGCUACAUGGUGUGGCUUUUCAGCAGACUUUACCUCUACUCCUUCAUCUCCCUCUUCAUCUACAUGGUGCUCAGUCUCUUCAUUGCCCUCAUCACAGACACCUAUGAAACCAUCAAGCAUCACCAGCAGGAAAAGCUGCCCACGUCCCAGCUUCAGUCCUUCAUAGCAGAGUGCAGAGACCAGCCUGAGUCUGGAAGAUACCAGACUGAAGAGUCAGCGUCCUGUUGCCUCUCUCCAUGCUGCUGCUGAACUUAGAAAUGUGGGCAGGCGUAUCAAAUGUGACUGAAAAAGGCUGAAGAGUCCCAAGUGUGUCUGAAAAUGAUGAUGAUGUUUGAAGAGACAUUUUGAAUAUCUUCUUACAAAAGCAGAAUUUCUAAACUGUAUGUUAAAAAAAUUAAACUUCCUCGUGCAACACUAAGAAGAACACUAAGUGGACACUUUUUAAAGUGUAGUCACUUUUUGAUAGUGACUUUAAUAUGAACAUGCACAACUAACAAAUUCCACCUUAGUUUAAUGAUGUUUUGGAAUUUUAAGUGGUGCACAUUUUAUAUGCCCAAAAAUGUCCUAACACAGCACAGAACAACAUAUCUGUGCUGGAUUUGUUUCUUGAACAAGCUUCUGGGUAUAUUACAUCUCAAAAAAUGAAAGUACAUAUUUUAAUUUAAAAUUCUAACUUGCC